AAUUUGGCGGGUGCCUGGUGGUAAUGUUUUACCAACAGGCACGUUCACCAUCGUCGUUCAUGCGCCACCGCUACGAAAUUUUGCGUUUGAAGCCACUCUAGAAGCGUCAACAAUCUCCCCUAUAAUCUCUGGUCGUCGAGCUAUUGGCAGAAUCUGUUUCACCGACUGGAGAACGUAAACAAUCCAGCCCCAUUUGAAUUCCAAAUGAAAGCGUCUAGUUCGAUUCGAACAACCGUUACAGUCCUGUACAUUUCAAUCUCUUUCUUUUCGAAAUUUGUCGACAAUGAAAGUCUUCAAUGGAUAUUAAUUUUUUAAAAGUCAUUCUGCCUUUCUCAGAUAAAAAAUAAUUCCAGUUAGCAUCAAUAGUGAAGUUUAAAAUAAAGCUCGAAGGCACUAUAACCCCAAAAAAGAUGUCUAACUCAGCUAACGAGAGCAGUGAGGAUUUGUCCAAACUGGAAACAGAGUUGGGAACUGACUUCGAUGCUUGGAAGUCUCACAUGUCAAAACUAAUAAGAAUUAACGAGCAGUUUAGACAAGAAAAAUAUUCACUCCAAUGUAAACUCGAAGUCAGUGCCACAAUGCAACAGGAGAUGCGUGAGAUUCAGGAGGUUCUGGAGAAUACAGUUGAAGAACUCCAUAAAAUCAAUGACAAAAAGAUUCAGGAUCUCGAGGAGAAACACACCGAAGAAAAAAACGAUUUAUUCUCUCGUCUCUCGGAGAUAACCGAAGAAAAUAUUUCAAAAACUGAAAAAAUUGAGCUAUUACAGAUAAGAUUGCAGGAUCUGAAUAAAAAAUUGCAGUCGCUGAAGAAUGAGGCCCCAGUGGUAGUCGAGGACGACUCUGCCCUGAAGGAGGAACUGUCAGAGCUAGCCUCUGAACUUCUCCAGAGGGAUUAUGAAAUCCAACAGUUGCAGGGUUCCCUCCAAGAGGUCAAAAAUGACAAUUCAGAGCUCAGAGAAAUCUUGAGAGAAACAAGACAGGAGCUAUCUGAGAAAAAUCAGCAGUUGGAAAAUACUCGGGACGAGCUGAUGGCAUUGAAACUGGAGCUAGCUGAGGUUAAGGAGAAACCAGCGAGUGAAUCAUCCAAAGGUAAUUCUCUCUUCGCUGAAGUGGAAGAUCGCCGCAAGAAGAUGCUAAACCAGAUGUUAACAAUAAGACAAGGUUACAAUGAAGCAAAACGCGUGGUGAGCAUUAAAGAUGCAGAGAUUCGCUCGUUGAAGGCCGAUAAAUCGGCCCUGAUUCGUAAAUGGGAAGAUGACAAAAUAGACUCUCACUAUCGAGACACCAAGUUGAUGGACAAGUACAAGGAGAGGAUAUCAGAAUUGGAGCAGAAGUUAGAGAGCCAAAAAGAGAAGACCAACAAAAUGGAAAGCCAGAUGCGCACCACAGACCUCAACUUCAGUUUCUUCCAAUCGAUGCUGGACAUGAAGAAAAAAGAGAUCGAGGAACUGGAGCUGAAACUGGAGAAUGUUUCCAUCCAUGCAGUCCUAGAGGAGGAGAUGAAGCACAAGCUGAGUCGACAGCUGAGAUACUGGCGCUGCAAGGCCAUGUCCAGUGAUGCACAGUUGAUGGCCAUCAAGUGUCAUCUGGAAGCUAAUCCUGAGUCCGCUAGGACCGAGGUGAUGGAGAUUCUCCAGCCGACUGUUGACAAACAAUCAGACCUAGAGGAGACUCUUGAAAUGACUAAACUCCCCCCUGAAGUCGUCGAGGAAAGUCUAAUAACACUCGAGCAAUUGAUGAAUGUGCCAAGUUCAUCAGGAAAGAUGUCUUCUUCCAGCGAUAACUCCAUGUUCGAUAGCUCCAACGAAAUCUUUGGAGACACAAGUUUGGAUGGUUCUGUUGUCAACAGAGAAUCAGGGGCUCGAAGUGGAAGAGACGGAAGAAUUGCUUUCCAAGGAGAUGCCCCAGUGAUGUCGAGCCACGGGACUGAGGAAAAGUCGAAGAAAGAUGGCAAAAAGGAAAUAAAAGGAGUGGGAAUCUCUGGAGAAACUGAAUACAGAGUUCCCAACGUGGUAUUUAAGGAAGAACAAGUUGAUGAAUCGAAUAAAGAAAACAUGGUUGAUAAAAAUGAGAAUAAAAACGUUCCCAAAUUGAAAUCUGCAUUUGCUCAGGGUCAUUCAUCGGUAGGGGGCUCUGGGAAUGAGAUUAAGAAUGAGAAGAAGACGCUGAAAUUUACUGAUGAUACUGUGGAUCCACCCCCAAGAACCCUGAAAAGACAAGUCACCCCGAAGUAUCCGAUAGUUUUUGUGUCAAACAAACCAAAAAAGCCUUGAAGAUGCUUCUUGGAUCGUUAUUGAAUCUUUCCCCGUCUUGCAGACGUUAAACUUUCUUGAAUAGAGAUACUGUCUCGUUAAGGAUGAUUUUUUAAUUUUUGUAGAAUGUUUUAUAUAAUAUAAUAAAUAUUUGCAUGUUGA